UUCAAUUUUACCAUUGCCCUAAAUUUUCGCUUAGCGAGACCCACGCUACUGUUAGCUUUGUGCUGCACUAAAAUUUGAUUCUAUCAAGAAAACGUGCACGUUUGGAAACUUGAAAGAUCUUUCCUCAAUCCAGAGUAUUUCGACAACGACGACUCUAACGCCAAACGUCAAAACCACGAUCACGAUGGGUCCUAAAGCUACGAAGGGAGGUGCCUCCAAAGCACCAAAGGGUUUGAAGCAGGCCAAUGCCGCCGCUAAGGCUGCCCUCCGUGGCGAUAACUCCCACAAGAAGCGCAAGGUCCGCACCUCAACCACUUUCCACCGACCCAAGACCCUACAGCUCUCGCGCUCUCCUAAGUACCACCGCAAAUCUUUCCCCCAUGAGCCCCGCCUGGACGAGCACAAGAUCAUUGUCCACCCGUUGAACACCGAGAGCGCCAUGAAGAAGAUUGAAGAGAACAACACCCUUGUCUUCAUCGUCGACCCCAAGUCCAACAAGGCCCAGAUCAAGCAGUCCCUCAAGAAGCUCUACGACAUCGACACCGUCAAGAUCAACACCCUUAUCCGACCCAAUGGUACCAAGAAGGCCUACUGCCGCCUGACUGCCGACGUGGACGCUCUAGACAUUGCGGCUACCAAGCUUGCUCUCGUCUAAUCGAGUAGUUACGAGGGAGGACACUUGAUUUGCGGGAUGAUUUGGCAACGGGUUAACAGAUUAGAUGCAGAUCCCGAACAGGGACGGACAUUUGCAUUAGGGCUGGCGUUGCUUUGCCUACGGUUAGGCAUAUGAGAUCAACGGAAAAAGAAUUGAUUCCCAAACAAAUACAAAUCGAGUUCCCUUGGGUGAU